UCAUUUGCAAGGUUGCUGAAAAAUUCUCCAUUCAUUCAAAUUGGUGACCCCAACGGAGCAGUUGUUCGCGGGACGAUAAUUGAGACGUUGGACGAUAAUCUGUACAUAGACUUCGGAGGAAAAUUUCAUUGCGUUUGCAAAAAGCCUAGAUAUAAAACAGACAUGUAUACACGAGGCACAAAGGUGAGGUUACGACUGAUUGAUUUGGAAUUGGCCUCGAAGUUCAUGGGGAGUGACAAAGGAAUUUCUUUACUGGAAGCUGAUGCAGUUUUGUUGGGGAUCGAUAGAGAU